CCGUCUCCACCGGGGAGGCUGUAAUCCGAUCCUGUUUAGAGGAGCCGCCGUGCAGCCUGUGAAGAGGAAGAGGGCACUGCUCUGCGCUCUGACGCUCUCUCUCCUCCACUCCUCCCCUUUUCUGCCGAGUGUCACCCUCUUUCUCCCUCAUCUGUUCACUCCCUGCUCGGUGAGGCUGGUCGGCGGCGCACACGCCUCCGGGAUCGUCGCAUCGCAUUGUUCACCCAACCGACCGAGCCCCAGUUCAAGUCGGCGCGACACGGCGGCAGCUUUUCGCCCUUCCUUUUUUUUUUUAUUUCACAUUUUUUUUAAUGCCGGGGGGAUCUACUGUAUGCACGCCAGUCCGGUGACGUGCUCGAGCAUGUUCACAUCAGAGGCGGCGUCGGAUUUACCUGAGAGUACGCUGCCCUCACACAGUCAGAGCGAUCUCCCCACCGCGCACGCAGAUUUGGACUUCACCGUUUGUCACUGAAGAGGAAAAGGGAAAACACACAGGAUUACAAGGAUGGGGUUCUACGGCACUUUAAAGAUGAUUUUCUAUAAAAUGAAGAGAAAGUUGGACCAUGGCCCCGAGGUCCGAUCUUUCCCUUCAGGAAAAAAGCCCUGCAAAGGCCCAGAAUAUCCAAGCCCAACAGGAAUUGUCCCUUGUCCGGCCACACCCACCACAUUUGGCCACAUAAGAGCAGCCAAUGGUCAGGGGCAGCAGAGACGACGUAUCACCUCAAUCCAGCCACCCACGGGUCUCCAAGAAUGGCUCCGAACAUUUCAGAGCUGGACUGGCCCAGAGAAGCUGCUGGCGCUGGAUGAGUUGAUUGACAGCUGUGAGCCCACACAAGUCAAGCAUAUGAUGCAGGUGAUCGAGCCGCAGUUUCAGCGAGACUUCAUCUCCUUGCUGCCCAAAGAGCUGGCUUUGUAUGUGCUGUCGUUCCUGGAACCGAAGGACCUCCUCCAAGCAGCACAGACGUGUCGCUACUGGCGCAUCCUUGCAGAAGACAACCUGCUGUGGAGGGAGAAAUGCAGGGAAGAAGGCAUCGAUGAACCUCUGCCCCUCAAGAAGAGGAAAAUUGUCAAGCCUGGCUUCACUCACAGCCCCUGGAAGAGUGCCUACAUCAGGCAGCACAGAAUAGACACCAACUGGAGGAGAGGGGACCUCAAAUCACCCAAGGUGCUGAAAGGUCAUGAUGACCACGUGAUCACCUGCCUCCAGUUCUGUGGCAACCGCAUCGUCAGCGGCUCCGAUGACAACACGCUUAAAGUCUGGUCGGCCAUCACAGGAAAGUGUCUGCGCACAUUGGUGGGCCACACAGGGGGCGUUUGGUCAUCCCAGAUGAGAGACAACAUUAUUAUCAGUGGCUCCACUGAUCGCACACUCAAGGUCUGGAACGCAGAGACAGGAGAAUGUAUCCACACCCUCUACGGGCAUACCUCAACAGUGCGCUGCAUGCACCUACAUGAGAAAAGGGUGGUCAGUGGCUCUCGCGACGCCACGCUGCGCGUCUGGGACAUUGAGACAGGUCAGUGUUUACACGUCCUCAUGGGCCACGUGGCGGCGGUGCGCUGCGUGCAGUACGACGGGCGGCGGGUAGUCAGCGGUGCCUAUGACUUCAUGGUCAAAGUGUGGGACCCCGAGACCGAGACCUGCCUCCACACGCUGCAGGGCCACACCAACAGAGUGUACUCGUUACAGUUUGAUGGGAUCCACGUGGUGAGUGGCUCACUGGACACGUCUAUAAGGGUCUGGGACGUGGAGACGGGCAACUGCAUCCACACGCUAACGGGGCAUCAGUCCCUCACGAGCGGCAUGGAGCUCAAAGACAACAUCCUGGUCUCAGGCAACGCAGACUCCACUGUCAAGAUCUGGGACAUCAAGACGGGCCAGUGCCUACAAACACUGCAAGGUCCCCACAAGCACCAGAGUGCAGUGACGUGCCUCCAGUUCAACAAGAACUUUGUCAUCACCAGCUCGGACGAUGGCACCGUCAAACUGUGGGAUCUCAAGACGGGCGAGUUCAUCCGAAACCUGGUGACUCUGGAGAGCGGCGGCAGCGGUGGUGUGGUGUGGCGCAUCCGGGCCUCCAACACCAAGCUGGUGUGCGCUGUGGGCAGCCGCAACGGCACAGAGGAGACCAAGCUGCUGGUGCUGGACUUUGACGUAGACAUGAAGUGAGCAGGGACGUGGUGGGGAAGGACGAAGAGAACGAACCACAGGGAGGAAGGAGUACAGAGGGAAUUGGGAGAUGAGGUACCUAGAAACCGGCGGGCGGAAGCCCAGAACUCUUCACCCAGACUUGCAAAAUCUACAACCACCACCACCAACAGUGGGCUGUCCUGUCCUCUACCAUUAUCUUCCCCGUCCCCCUUUGGGCAAAUGUUACCGACAGAGCCACAGACCCUCGCGUGUUCAGCCCCUUCUUUUGACCCCCCCCCCUACCACCAAUAUGAGGUGGAGUCUGAGGAGACCUGGUGAAAAUGAAGCGGAUGAGGGGAGGAGGGGCACGACCGGUCUGUCCCUUGACUGGCUGGGAGAAAGCAGAGAGGAAUGAUGACUGAACUCUUGAAGCGACUUGCAACCCUUUCGGUUUGUGGUCGGCUUCUCGCAGAGACUUGGUUUCGCUCAAGCCUGACAGAUUUUGAGAUGUACAGAGAUAUAUUAUUUUUUAAAUAUCCCCCCACCCCAACACCCCUCCCUCCCCCGCAUCAGUGCGCACCCACACACACACACACACACACAUAUACAGUCAAACGGCCAGCUGGAAAGUGGGAAAGACCGAGGAAGAUGGCAGACGUUUUUAAAGUUAUAUUUCCACAUACACAAUUACACCUAAGAGCUGCUUAUUGUAGAGGAGAGAAGAACGAUCGGAGGGUUCGGCCUGAAAUCGGGCUCGUUUCUUGUCACUCCGUUUCCGUUGUUAUUGUUCUCCACCCGGUUUCAGCAGUUUGGUUUCUUUACAAUAUCGCACACAAACACAACUGUGAAUUUCAAUACGUUUUUGGUUUAUCAUAUGAAAGGGGUUUUUCUUUAUUUUUUGUUUUUUCUUUCUCCUCGUGGUUGCCAACAGCAACAAAUCCCAGUAUUAGAAAGCUGCUCUGUUUAGGUUUGCUGUCAUUAUGUCACAAGGGUUUCUUCUUUUUGUCUUUCUGAGUUGUUUGUUCUUCCUUUCUGUUUUCUGCGUACCUGGGUUUUAGAGCUUCGUCUCCACGUAGGACAUCAAAGCUGUCCAGACUUUUUCAGAGUCUAGCUGGGGUGGUUUCCUCAAUGCUGGUGCUGUGACGAGAGGAAGUAAAGGUUCUUUGCUCUAAGCGCUGUGGAUUAAUGCCCCUGAACCCCCAGGCCCCUUCCCCACCCUCUACUGUUUUUCCCCCAGUGGCCAAACUGUAUUUAUGCUGCUAGAUGAAAGGAAAAAAAAAAGAGAGAGAGAGAGAGGGAACUUUUACUUGCUGCGACGUUUUAGUCCCAGGCAAAAUUCCAAAUUGAACUCUGUAUGUUUGGACUUAAAGAAUGACAAAUGACAAAAGAUAACAUCCAUCAUUUUUGCUUUAUUUUCUUUGUUUUUGCCACUGAAACUUGAGCCAAACGUGCCUCUACGAGGCUGAGAGGAGGGAGCGUGUCCGACAGAUACUGACGGGAUCGCCUGCAGAGAGGAAACAAGGGGAUGUACACUGUUGGCGUGCGUGAGUGUGCGUGUGUGUGUGUGUGCAUGAGUGUGUGUGUUGGCGUGUUAAUGGGCAACCUGUAAACACAUUCCUUGGGACAAAGCUCUUUCAGCCUGUUCUUUGGGGAAAUGUACAAAUGCUGUGUGGACUGGCAAAGAAAAAAGAAAAAAAAACCUAGCAGAUGUAUCGUUUUUAACACGUGAAUGAAAGAACUUGUCCGUACCCGUGUGUGAUUGUUAUUCCAUUCAAAGAUGUCUGAAGCAACAGAGGAGACCAUCACAAGCAUCAACUGACAGGAGUCUUAGUGUUACAUGCGUUGCAGUCGAAGUCGGCGAGGCGGCCGCUCUGCAGCGGUCACAGACUUGUGGAUUGUUUUGUGGGAGAAGUAAAAACACAAAGGCAACAAACGUGAACAGAAACAUUGUAGCCAAACGAAAAUCGUCUCAAUCUCCAAGAGUCACAACUCAAGCUGAACUGUGAAAGUGGUAUAACACUGUAUAUUAAAAAGAAAACAAUCUCGCUCUAUCUCCUCUCGUUGUUUUCUCCCUCUGUUUUAAUUUAUGAUCUGGUUUGAGAAAUCAGAUUUGUUGCAGGUGUUUUAUUUUUUCAGUUCAUGUAAACUGCCUGGCAAAAAAGAAAACAGACAGAAAAAAAAAAACCUUAAAGGGAUUGUGUAUUUGUUUGAUUCACUUAGAAUUUUAUUUUCUUAUAACUUAAGUGCAAUAAAAUGUGGGUUUUUCUUUUUUCAUUUCAAGCAUAUCAGUUGUCUGUUUUUGUUACCUGUGUGAAGGCAUCUUAUAUGUUCAAUAAAGCAAAUUAUUUGGUUAAUUACA